AUGGAGGAUUAUUCCAGUGCUGAAUUGAGAGCUAAAUAUUUAAAAGACUAUUUUGGAUUAGCAACUUUGGAUCUGCAUGGAAAAGGACUAUUCAGGGUACCUGAUGCAGUCACUGAACUGAGCGAAGUGGAGGAACUUAGGCUUAAAGACAAUAAUCUGACUGAGUUGCCAACGAGUAUUCAAAAGCUGAACAGGCUUCAAAGGCUGGACGUGGAUGGAAACAAUCUUAUUGAAUUACCUGCUGAGAUUGGAGACCUGAAGGAGCUGAGUUGGCUGUGUGUGAGGAACAACCAGUUGGUUGGUUUACCUACCAGUAUUCAAAAGCUGAACGGGCUUCGUGAGCUGUACUUGGAUGGAAACAAUCUUACUGAAUUACCUGCUGAGAUUGGAGACCUGAAGGAGCUGAGUUGGCUGUGUGUGAGUAACAACCAGUUGGUUGGUUUACCUUCCAGUAUUCAAGGGCUGAAUAGGCUUCAAAGGCUGAACUUGGUUGGAAACAAUCUUACUGAAUUACCUGCUGAGAUUGGUGACCUAAAGGAGCUGUGGUGGCUGAGUGUGAGUAACAACCAGUUGGUUAGUUUACCUACCAGUAUUCAAAACCUGAACAGGCUUAAAUGGCUGUUCUUGGAUGGAAACAAUCUUACUGAAUUACCUGCUGAGAUUGGUGACCUAAAGGAGCUGAGGGGGCUGAGUGUGAGGAACAACCAGUUGGUUGGAUUACCUACCAGUAUUCAAAAGCUGAACAGCGCGCUUCAGCUGAGAAAGCUGUACGUGAGUGAUAAUCCUUUAACUGUUGAUGCUAUACAGUUUGCUCUAAAGUUGGAGAAAAGAGGACUGUCCACUGAUAUUGCAGGUGAGGACAAAGAAAGGCUAAGUUAAAUUGAACCCUUAAUAUUACAUUCAUAACAAAUGAACUGCUAAAAAUCUCCCUGAAAAAGAUAAAGAUGAAACAACAACAACAUGAUAUUAAUUUGAGGAGGACUCGGAAAAAAAAUCCGAGUCCCAGAUGGGAUUUGAACCCACGACCCUCCGUGAUCUAGUCGGAUGCUCUAACCACUUGAGCUACUGGAGACUCUAUGGUGAGCAAGGGCCAAUUUGUGGGUCUCGACUGGAACCGCAUCACGCGGCUACACAGCCAAGUAAUGAUAGGCACACAAGAAGUGAAGAACUCACUAACAGCAUCGCGCUGUCACCUUAAAGAAAAAGAUAAAUCCAGAUUAUAACAUCUAAAUAGCGACAGGACACCCAAAGAUUAAUGUGCUGCUCGACUGACUAGGGCUUGCAGCAAUUUUAGCGAUCAGAGACACGCGCCGUUCAAUCAGUUUGAUGUAAAUAAUUUUUUUUAAAAAAUGUAUCUGGUUUUAGCACAAACAAGUAUUUUCCAUAGACUAAAAGGCCAGAGACUCAUUUUUCUUUUUGAAAACUGUAUUUGACCGCAGGAAUUAAUAUUUUAUUUUAUCUAUUUAAUCUUGAAAAAUAUUUGAUUCACGCGCAUUAUGACUGACUGCUGUGAUCUAAGACCGAAAGCAAGGAAUAUCCGUAGGUUCACGUCCUAGUGAAUUAGCCCCCUACAACUUCGCCCUCUACUUUCUGAGUUCACCACGCAUUGGUAUACUCGAAAUUCGAGUUAAAUCACGCACUUAUACCAGACAUUUAUUUGAAUCAAACCUGUGAAUUAUUGAAGGAAAUCUUUGUAAUGGAAACUUUACUGUAUGGUAGGUCGGCGGCAAUUGGUGUCUCGAAAUCUAAGACCUAAAUGACCUUGAAAAAAACUGCAUGAAAACAGAAUCUCCUUACAAGUUGCUUAAUCAAAGAGUGAAGUAAAGUAAAGUCAAACUCACUGGCUUCCAAAAACAAGUUAAGAGGCACGGGACAAGGAAAAAUUAUUGAGUCGCAAUUAUGGCAUGAAUGAAACUUCAAUGAAACAUUUACAACAGCAAGUUAUCAAGUUGAGAGUGAUUUGUUGAAAGCUAACGAAUAUAUAGCUUUGCAAAGUCGCUAAAUUUUCCAGACGUAAAAUACUUUGUCUCACUAAUGGAUAGUUUCAUUUAAUUGCCUUAAAUGUUAAACUUCGAUCUUGAAUAAAGCAGGUUUCCAGGUCUGGUAGUUACUGUGAGUUUCAGCAAACGGCCCUCUGAGAGAGUUCACCUUUCACCGUAACCAAGAAACAAUCAACUUACUUCCUGCUGACAAAACAAAUUACGCCUGCAAUCAAUUGAAAGCUAAUAACUUUUAUAUGUACACUAUUCUAUAAUUUUAUUUAUUUCUACAUUUUAUUGCAUAUACGCACCUUUUUUGUAAUUAAUUUUUAAGUGCCUAUGUGAUUAAAGUAUCUUUUAUUUUUAAUAUUUCAUAAGUUAUUUAUUUUUAUAGCGCAUUUGAUUAUAUGUAAUGUACAUAGAAACAUUGAUGUACACUAAAAUAUUGACUUUCAGAUAGGUUGCAGAUACCCAAAUUAGCUAGAAAGUGUGACAUUUUACAUUGGCGCCCUGUGAUGCAGACCGACAGAUGGUGCGACGGGUAGACGUAUGGUCACGUGACUACCAAAAUUUCUCCGCUAUAAUUCUCUGCAUGUAGCAGCUCUCCUAACCCUAAAAGCCAGUUGGUUCGACACCGUAACUGUGAAAUAAUGGAAAGUAAUGAUAAACAACGACGUGUUAUUGUUUUCUGCGACCAACGAGGAAACACUUUACGAGCAGCUAUUUACUGUUUAGUUUUUAUAUUGAAAACCAGACAAUUAAGCAGAAAUAAGCAAGUACUAAAAAUCUUGAGACAAAAGUAUUUGUUCUCAUUGAAAACUAAAGCAUUCAAACGAAAAGAUAACUGGCAGUUUAUAAAUAUAGUUACGUUUAGUUGACAACCUCCAAUUGAACUGCACAAAGUUAACUACUUUAUGUUGCUUAUACUAAAUGCGAUGAAUUACAUAUAAAUAAAACAAGAACAAGCGAAGAAAAAAAUGUUAAUGCCCAUCCAUAAAUAUCAUAUGUUUAAUGCAAAUGAAAUCACGCAACUUGGUAAAACAAAACUUAAACUUCAUUAAUUUGGAAGAAAGGGAAAUCUAACACCAGCAAGUGCAGAAAAAAUUCCGAUCUCCAGACAAGAAUCGAACUCACGACCCUCCAAAGGUAACGAUAACAGUUAAAGAGUAACUUUCAAUUCACUUACCUUCUGUGGUAUGAUUUCUUUAUUUAUGUCCUUAGUUGUUAGCAUUAAUCUGAGUAGCAGCUGCUAGUAGUCGGUAAACACUGAAUCAUUACUGUGGGUAAAAAGACCAUCAAGACUAAACUAGUAUAUUGCAGUGCGGACAAUCAAACCGGACACUUGGAAGAAGAUUGCUCAAUCACAACGUUUUCUCAAAAUAAAAGAUUCUCAAGUGUUUUUGCAGACAGACCAAUAAAAUUCAAGUAUUGAACUAUCCAACCGUUAAAAUUUUUAAAACCGUUUGAACUUACCUGACCUCUUAAGAAAUAGCCCUCAAAUUGAUGGAUGUUGUUGCAUGGCCCGUAUGCGAAAAAAAAAUUGAGAAUCUCGUUUUCAGAAAACGUUGUGAUUGAACAAUCUUCUUCCAAGUGUCCCGGUUUGAGUGUCCACUCUGUAAGUUUGAACAAAGCAUGCAGAGUUGCAGUUAUGUUUGCCCAUAAAGAGAUGAUCUCCAGGUUACCGGUUGGUUCUAAAAAAAAAAGACUGACGUGAUAAGUAAAACAACACAUUUACGAGGCUCAUGUCUGACACAUGAUUUUAAUUUUUUUUUAUUCUUUGUAGCUCCCAAGGAAAUAGAAGCACGAGGAGAAAGAGCGCAGCUUGUUUAUCAACGUGCUCUUAGAGAUGGAGCUGUUAGUGUUCAGCGUUCUCGGAUGUUGCUUAUUGGUCAGGAUAGGGCGGGAAAAACAAGCUUGAAAAAAUCUCUUAUUGGUCUGCCAUUUAAUCGUAACGAAAAUAGUACUGAAGGAAUUGAAGUGGGUCCGUCAAUCUUUCAAGUGCAUACCGACCAAGUUAAGAACUGGCAACCCAUUGAUAAGAGUGAACGAGGGUUGUUGGGUUGUUCUAACGAGGUGGCACAGAUGGUGGUGAGAAAGCUUUUGUUUGAAGAGGAGGAAGAAGAUGCAGAAAUACACGACAGUGACUGCCUUAAAAAUGAAAAUUACAGGACUGGGACAAAGGCGGAUGAUGCUGAUGGUGAAAAGAGAGAUGAUUCAUUUGUGAAUCAGGUUUGUUUCCAGUUAAAUCUUAACUUUUGUAUUGUACUUUAAUCAAGUAUUGCUUAUAGCAGAAAUUACGGUGGCCCACUUACCCUCACGAAACUUGGUUUAAAAUAGCACCACUCGAUUACGUUAAGCCGUGGUCGAGAGGGGUUCGAAACUGGAUGGGUAACAUUAUAUUGGCCAAAGUGGGAAGUUGGAAGGUAAACGCUGAUAGUUGCAAAUAAAACUUCGACGUUUCGGCAAUCCUGCCUUCAUCAGGGAAGGCUGAUUUUCCCUGAUGAAGGCAGCAUUGCCGAAACGUCUAGAGAUCCUUAUCGCUCAAAUCCCAACAUCGAUGUCAGAAUAAUCGCUCAGGGUUAUUGUGUUAUGCCUUCGUUAGUCUAUCCAUACUUUGAACUUGACAUUGAACAAGAUGAAAUGCACAAAGCAUUGUUUAUUAUAAAAGCAAGAAUCUGAAUAGAUUGAAUGAUUUUGAUCCCUUUUUCUUAAUCGAAGUAUUUUGUAGUAAUUCUCGUAGGGGGCGUCUAAGUCAAUUUAUCAGCGUAGAGGGGAGCAUUUGUUAUAUAAGAGGCGUUUAUUUGGAAGUGGGUAUCUAUGAGGUCAUUUAAGGUAGCCAAGUUAACAAUUAAGGCCUAGGGCAAACGUCGAAUCUAAGUCGCGUCGAAUAAAUUAAAAAUAGGUCCGACAAAGAGUCGACUUAAUUCCAGCGUGGUAACAAACGUCGAACCUGCGUCGAUCCUACUUCACAAGUUGCACUUCAUUGAAACAAUGGGAAUAAGCCCUUGUCCUCGUGCUAUAAGCUCGAUGUGCGGCUAGGUACUGCUACGUUUGCGCAGUCCAUCACAUUUGAAUCAAUUAUUUUGUAAUUUGCAUGAUUUAUGAAUUGAGUUCAGCGCGUUUUUAGAACGGCAUUUGCUGAAACGCCUAACCACUGUCGUAUUAUCUGACUUGUUAAAUCGAACCAGUUGAUUUGAGUCGAACAUAUUUGCGGCAAACGUCACACCAUUUAUGCGCCUAUUUCAAAAUUAAUAGAUUCGACGAAUUAAGUUCGACUAAGCUUCGACGUUUGCCCAGGCCUACCAUUCUGCCUCGCUGUGCGAUCCACGCGCGAUGCAAAUGUAGACAAUUUUUUUUAACUUUCGUUACGCGAAGAAUGAGUCAUGGUAUUAUAUAACGAUAAAAUGUUAUUGUUACUCAGUGUCAGCACUAAACCUUGUUGAUUCAGGUGAUAGUCAUUGAGGACGACUGCAUCGUCACAUUUAAACCAGUCGCACUUUUCACUCAAGCCAUAGCAGAGCUGGUACAAAAUGGCGACUAUCCGUUUUUUAUUUUACUCUAUGCUGUCUGCAGAAUGUGAAGGGUCUGUCACUCCAUCCUGAACUGCAUCAAAUAGCCUUGGUACCCCAGAAGACACACAGACAAGCUUUAAAUGAGUCAUACAUUGGCUCACUUGAAGCUACCAUAAACUCAGACUUUAUAAAUAUCAGGCUUUAAGAUCCUUAAGUUCUCCUCAUGUUAAAAUUGAAUGAAAAGGAAAAGUUAGAGCUAAUUUUCUCUCAUUUUCAAUUUUUUAAUCUUAGCCCAGAUAUGGGCUAGUCAAGGGAGCUAGGCCUUAUUAGUUAUAUCUUAAAUAAUUAACACAUGUGCAGUAGAAAAUACCAAAAACAAAAUUUAUGAAAAGCAAAAAUGAAUGCAAGCAUGGAAGUAUCAGAAGCAGAAAAUUCACUUCAUUGUCUCAGAGAGAAAAUGCAGUUUUAGAUAUGACUAUUAUCUUUACUAUUUUAAGUAUUUUCACUGUUGUGUGCAUAUUUGCAAUUUUCUAGUACGUAGAAGUGUGGGGAGUAAAGGGAAGGAUUUUUCAUGGUUAGGGUUACCUUAAUAAAACACAUCUGUCAUAUGAAACAUCUUGUACCACACUCCUGUAUUGGCUCAUCUAAUUCUUUAUUUUAGAAGUAUAAGGGGUAUCUUGGAGUCAAGAGCCUCCAUAUUACAAAAUUCUGCCUACACCCCUGAAUAAGUUAAGGCAUCCAUAGAUUUAAUAGAUGUCAUUUCUUGAGUUUGGGUCUUCAGUUUUAUAUCAUCUAGUCAAAAAAGGAAACAUACAAUUUCAUAGCCCUGGGUGGGAUAUCUUUGAAAUUUUAUCAGUCGCAGAAUUAGGGCACUGCACCUGCUUUGGCCACUGGUAGUUAGGAUGGGGUAUCUCUGAAAAGUAAUCACUGGCAGAAUCACUGCACUAAGGUUGCACAUCUCUGAAAAACAUGGCGUUCCUGAACCAUAACUGACGUGAAAUCGUAUUAUUGCAAGGGGAUUGUCGCAAGAACAGCAGUUAUGACUAUAUAAACAGACUAGCAUUUAUAAUUUUUUUUCACAGCGUUUUAUUCAAAUCGUAAGCGUCGGACUUUUGUACUCGGUCACAACAUACAUGAAGAGAUUUUUUCCCAGUUAUCCAGUGUUUAAUAGAGGAGUUUUGCAGCUGUUACACAGAAACCCAUCGACGUGUCCGCGCGCAAGCCAAAACACGAAACGAUAAUCACUCAUGGAUCACAAACCGCGCAAAAUUGUGAAUGAUCUGCGACUUAUUAGCCUUGAGACCAAUCUCGCAUAUUACAAAGAAGACUUUGUCUUAUCUGCACGCCACAAAGAUAGAACAGAUGACUAAGACGAUGGUAAUUUUUUUAAAGAGGCGCCAUUUUUCUUUGCUGCAUUCGCUGCGAUCCAAUACUACCACAAACUUGCGUCCAGCGGCUCGCGCAUACUUGCAACGUUACCACUUGCUGUUGCCUUUGCCGAGGUUUCUAUUGAACAAACAAUGACGCAAGACAGUUUUAAUAUUUUGUAUGCAAAUUUUUGUCCUUACAAAGCAACAAACAGGUUUGUUCUGAAUAGAUGUUUGUGCAGGUUUGAAUCUGUUUGGUUGAUGCCCAUCCCCUCAAUGAUAACGUCUUGAAGUUUGAGUUGAUCCAUCCGUGUUUUGGAAUAAUUGUACAGUAAACACCCGCAUAUAAGAACAAAUGGAUUGAGAACAUCAGGCUGAAAUUUGGUUCAUAAAGCACCUUAUAAGUAAGAACCAGUCAGCCUGAUAAAUAAAACAUGUGCUUAUAUAAUAAGGGAGAGGAUGUCAGAAUAAGAAAGCAAUGUAACUGUAUGGUUGGUGCUAGACAAUUACAAAACUAUAACAGAUUGCUUGGCUGAAGAGUCAAUGGUGGCCCCGGUUGAGUUAAUAGUAUGACUGUAAGAAAUAUUUUGAAAAUGUUGAAAUUGUUACAUUUCUACUCGUAAACGUUAAUGAGUUUACUACAUGACAGAUUUAUAUUUUAUUUAUUGAUCUACUGAUUUGUUUACUUACUUAUUUAGUUAUUGGUAAUAAAAAUUAAACUAUGCUUACUAAACCUCUGGUAACAUGUUAAGUGUAGCAUUUCUGAAACAAAGUUUAAAAACUUAUUAAGAACAUCUUCAGGCUGAUUUCUCACUAACCACGUGAUAAAUAAGAACUAGAUCAGCCUGAACCUCGAAAUCAUGUGUUCUUAUGUGCGGGUGUUUACUGUAUCGGAUGAAUAAUUUACAGUCUUAUUAUGUCCUGUUAUAGGUCCCUGAUCCAAAAAAGGAAGGUGUCAGUGAAGUGACAUCAUCAGAGCCUGAACAUGAGAUAAUGAUUGAUACUACAUCACCUCCUGACGAGAUCACAAACCGCGCUGAAGAGUUGAUAAAGUGUGUAAAAGGUGAAAAACGAGCAAAAGUUGUCACCGAAGAAUCCGUUAGUAGUAUUGAUCUGUGGGAUUUUGCUGGACAACAGCUGUACUAUGCAUCUCAUCCUAUAUUUUUAACAUCACGAGCAAUAUAUAUAUUGGUGUGCAAUCUCAGCAAAUCAUUGCAUGACACUGCCCAACCCUGUGUGAGGCAAGGAAAUCAUAAUUUCACGUUGGACAACCCAAAUGGAGAAACAAAUUUGGAGAAUCUGUUAUCUUGGUUAUCCACAGUGCAUAGCAUCACACAGAUGAGAAGACAAACUCGUGACGAUGCAGAAGGAAAGCUGCCUCAUCUGCGUCCCCCUGUGAUCAUUGUUGGCACCCAUGCAGACAAACCGUUUGAAGACAUUGCAACAAUGAAGACAAAAAUACAGAAGGCAAUUGCUGGUAAGGACUAUGAAGGACAUGUAGUGCGGCCUAUCUUCAGCAUUGACAACUCUGCAAAAUUAAUUCAAAGAAGGUUGGAAAAGGUUUUCAGAAAAGAUAAAAACAUUGAUGGCAUCCAAGAGCUAAGAGACAAAAUCAUGGAAGUGUUACGGCAGGAGCCAUACAUGAAGGAAAGGAUACCUGUCAGGUAAAUAAAGUGAAUAAUAGAACACAGAUGUCUUUAGGCGAGAAUUUCCAUGUUAAUUAAGGGUUGAGGUUUGGCAGCAUUAAAACUACAGUGGACAUAUGUACAUACACUGUGGGCCUUUGUCCAGUCCAUAUAGCAUUUUGCUUGCAUAUCCAAAGAGGUCUAUGUUUUACCAGUAAAUAGUUGGCUACAUGCAUAUGGGGAUACAAAAUGCUCGUAUAAGAUACCUAAAGGCUGCUGGCACAUUGUAAGUCAGUCACUUAGGUUGAAGGGCAGUCUAAAGACUUUGCCAGUACUAGGAAAAAGUAAACACGUGAAUACUGAAACAAGCGAACGCAGAAAUAUUACAUAAGUCACUCAAAAACGUCUUUUUUUAAGCUUCGUAAUAUGUGAUGCAGGCCCUCUCUUUUAACAUGUAAUUUAUUCCAAUGCAUUAGUUUACCUAAGAACAAAGGCAAAUGAAAUUUAAACCAAAGAUAAAUAUGAACCACAGAGUCACCCUAUAUCACAACGUUGCUUUACCUUGAAGGAAAUCGACAAAGGAAGGGUUUGAUGGGAGGUGGCUUUCCAGAACAUUUUUAAAUAGAGUCUAUUUAAUAGAGUUGUUAUUCUGAAUAAUAAUUUGGGUAAUAAGCAGCCAUGGGCGCUGAUCAUUUAUAAUAAUCAUAACAAUAAUUUAUUAGUCAGUUUGUAAGGUGCAAAAUAAUAUUUAAAUAUGAUCUUUCGGGGGUCGUUACUAUGGCGGAGCCAAAAGCGUGAUAUAAAAAACUGGUAGAGACAACAUUUUAUUUCCAAACAAAAGGGCGAAAAGUCGCAAAAAAAUAAAAAUUGUCAAGUUUCUCCUCGCUGUUAUGUGGGUGGCUUCUUCUUGUGCAAACCGUGUUGUCAGUGAUUUUUAAACUCUUAACCUUUUUUCAAGAUGUAAUAGAAAAAAGGAAUCACUUUUUGUUCUCCUUGAGGCCAUACACUUUCAGGCUCACUUCUGCUUUGACCAUUUGUACGGCAUGUAAUCUGUAUUUUUAUUUUAUCUCUUUUGCCACCGUUUGUCUCUUUUUUCAUAUUUAUCCCCGAUUGUUUGCGUUGAAUAAUCGUUGAAAGGUUGGGAAAUGCAGCCGCAGACUUUAUUUAAUCUUGCAUUUGACUGUUAGUAAUGAUCUCCCUUGACACAUGAACAAACAGUUCUCUGUUUUUUUCGGGGGGAGAUUGGGGUGAAGUGGGGUUGCUAUUUUUGGGAUUCCUUAGCAUUAAUUAUCAUUUUUUUUUAGCGGUACCUUCGGGACUUAUAAGUGGCCACAUUUUGUGACGUUUCAUUCGGGGUCCGUUACUUUCGGAAUUUUACUUAAGGUGGCCACAAUAAAUUACGUGAGCCCUAAUACCUAAAUGGUUGCCACUUAAAACGUCAGGACUUGUAGAAUUUAUAUUUGAACUUCUCCACAACGGCCACCUUGGGGACAGAAGAUAGUGGCCGUUGUAGAGAGGUUUAAACAAGAGUCAAUGUAUGAAUUGUCCGCCAAAAAAAGUGGCCAUUGUAGAGAGGUGGCCGUUAGUGGAGGUUCGACUGUAGUUAGCUUCUGUGGUUAUGUUAUAUCUACCUGUUUUAGAUUGCGUGCAAACUUCGGCACAUGAAUCGCUUUAAGCCACAAAAACUGCCCGAUGACACGAAUACUUUCAUUCAUCUUUUUAUAAUCUAGGUGGCUGAACUUUGAGAAGGUCCUCAAUGCUUUGCUGUCUAAGAAAGUUUACCAUUUGAACUUGAGGGAACUUCAAACUUAUGUAAGGGACAACUGCUUUAUAAAUGACGAGGAAGAGUUCACUACCAUGGUGGAUUUCUACCAUGACCUGGGGAUAAUUAUCAAGCAUUGCAGCACAGUCAUUCUGAGCGCAGAGUGGUUAAUUGACCUAUUCAAGCAACUGAUAACCAUUCCACCAUUUGAUGAAACGGUAAGCUCCGAAAUACGUUCGUUAAGUGUUUUCAAACCAUUGCAGCAGCUUUCUCUUCUAGCUCUUUUAAUUUAUUUAUUUAUUUAUUUGACAUACAACAGUAAAAAUACAACAACAAAAAAAUGUAAGAUAAGUAGCAAAAGAGACGUGGCAAGGAGACCUAAGACAAACUAUAAAAAGCCUCCUCGAAUUACGGACUUUUUGAUAACUUUGUUGUCAAAUAAACUAAAAAAACUUUGGAUCUUGAAAAAAGGAAAUUUCUUAGUGUUUGUUCGACGUACCAUAGGGUAGACGGUACGAUUGACCUGCACCCAUCCAAACCUUUUAUUUCAUUGGUCCCUAUAACCUGCACUACCUAUAGUUUUCAGGGAUAGGGGCAUUGUUUUUUCACCAUCCCUAUUGUUUUCCCAGCCAAUCACAAACCUUGUUUGGAAUAGGUGUAGGUCGGCCUAGACGGUACGCCUAGGAAUUUCUAGUAUUGUUGCAAGACUGGUAUUGAUAUUGUUUAGGAAAAUUUGGUAUGUAACAUGAAUAUAAUUAUUGGUAUCGUCGGUAAACAAAAUAUAAAAGUAUUGUUAAGACACAAUAACAAUAUUUGUAACGAACGACGGCCAUUUAAUUCAAUAUAUUGCAUUCUGCUUGCAAAACAACUUCUUAUUCAGUCCAGUGCUAAACCACGAUUACCGCAGAUGUUCGAGUUUAUAAAAAAAUAUUGGCAUAAUAUACUGCGUCAACUCUGUUUGAGAGGUCACGAAAAAUAAAGACAUCUUCUAGAGAACCUUUUGAUCUCUCUGCAUUUUAUUACUUAGGAACCCAAGGUUUCCAAACUCUGGCAGGAAGUUAAAGAAAGUGGUGUCCUCAGCAUGGAACUGCUUCAUCAUGUGUUUUCUAAGUUUCUUCUGAAGGGCGCCGCAAAGGAUGACAUUCUGGAUCUGAUGGAACAAUUUGGUUUGAUUGCUAAGUUUUCACCUUCUAAAACUGAUGUAAAGUAUUUUGUGCCAUGCCAGCUCAAAAUGCCACCUGAUUCCAUUUGUGCCAUCGUACCGUCAAGAUCAGACCCUUGUCCUCUUUAUGUUUACUUUGUUACUGGUUCUGUCCCUCAUGGCCUGUUCACACGGCUUGUUUCUCGACUGGUCAGGUGGUGUUCUGAGGCUGGUCCAACUCAGCCCCCUACCCUUUAUCAAAAUGGAGCAUGGUUCGUCAUUGGGAGGAAGAUUGUCCUUGAUUUAGUUCUUAUUUGUAAGAAGCAGUUCAUAAAGUUUUUCGUCAAGCAAAAAAUCCAGCGUCAGAAGAUUUCAGUGGAGGACACAAGUGUGGUAGCGGUGCAGGUGCGCGAGUUUGUGGAGGACACUCUGCAAACGUUGUCACAUGAUCUUCUCUAUUUGCGUGGAGUGCAGUACGAGAUUCGGGUGGCCUGCCCAUACUGUCAGCUGGAAAAGUGCCUAGGCCAUAAUCAGAUGGGUUGUACUCAUGACGACUGUCUUCACCUCCUGGAGUUAAAACAAGGUGACCCACUGAUUUGCAAAAAGAAACCUUCAGAGGAAUUACUUACGGUUAGAGGACAGGAAAAAUGGUUCUCACAGGUGCUAAGUGAGGUA